CUUCGCUGUUCCAUGAGCUUCCUCAACCUUCUUCUUCAGACGAAAGCGCCUUUAAUAUAAAAGGGGCUUUUGGAGCUAAGAUUAAAAAAACUGAAGGAAGGUGCAACAUUCUUCCGUCUCAGCUUCCAACGGGAAAAUGAAACGGGAACACGUGCUGAAUUGCAACUUUUCUGUUUGGUAUCCAAAGUUCAAAAACAUCACUAUUAGAAGCCGGGUGAUUCCUCUCUCGAAGGAGUUUGUGGAUUAUCUUAAAGCUGACAAUGUUGUUCUGCCCGGUGAACCAGUUGCCACCAGAAAUUCAGGCGAUGAAAUCGAGAGUGAUUCUGACGAAUGGCAAGCUUUGGACGAAGACCCCAGCGAACAAACGAUAAUUGCUCCUGAGUUCAAUGAAAUUGACACUGGAAUCAAAGACGCUAUACUCGAUUUAAAUGGAAGUGCUUUCCCUAAAUUGAAUUGGAGAGCCCCACUGGACGCCUCUUGGAUCUCUUUUGACGGUUCACUCAAAUGUGAUUCCCCUAAUGACAUUUAUCUUCUGCUAAAGAGCUCUGACAACAUUUCCCAGGUAUUGUUUGAGACUUUCAAACACUGUGAAGAUGAAGAAGGGGAACUACAGGAUGGUUUUGAACUUGUACUUCGCAAAUGGAAAGAUAUAAAUCCAGGAAUGGAAUUUCGAUGUUUUGUGAAAAAUCACAAACUCAUUGCAAUCUCUCAGCGGGAUAUUGCUAGCUGCUAUGAGUUUCUUGCACAAAAUGAAGAAGACAUUUGUAACGACAUCGCGAAGUUUUUCAACAAGAAAAUAGCUUACAAAUUUCCAGACAGUUCAUACACAUUUGAUGUUUACAGGUAUGCUUCUCAGAAGGUGUUACUGAUCGACUUCAACCCAUUUGGUGCUCAGACAGCCCCCUUGUUAUUUACAUGGGAAGAGCUCACAAACCUUCAUUUGACAAUCAGUGAUAAUGAUGAUGAGUUUAAAGGUGUGUUUAAGUAUGUGACAGGUUCAGCUGGGGUGCAGCCUAAUCCAGCACACCUUAGCAGAAUGCCAACAGACAUUGUGGACUUAGCAUGUGGUAAUGACAUCAACAAGUUAGUUGAUCUGUUGAAGGUGAAAGAUCUGAUUGGUCAACCUGGUGAAGAGUCUGACGCAGAAUGAUAUAAUGAGUCUUACUGCAUUAGCAAUGAAUUAUUUUGCACCAGUUUCAUUUGGUCUGUCUACAAAUUUAAUCUUUCUGCAUCAUGUGAGCAAGAUCCUGGUUGUUUCCCUGUCAAUGCCAACAUCUAGAAAACAAAUUCUCCCAACCAAUGACUGUACAGAUCUGUGGCCUAUUCCUGAGAAUUUGGUGUUAUAUCAUGAUAAUUUAUUUUUGUUGAUGGAUUUCAAAAUUCUCAUCACCUGUUUCCUUAAUAGCAUUUUAAAACAACAAGGAAAACUUAUUUUCUAAUAACUCCUUAUGUUUACAUGGAUUUAGAUGUAGACCAUGAUCUUAUCUACUGUGUAUGUUGAAUCUUUAAUACAUUGUUCCCAUGCAAUGUGAAAGCACCUUACUGGUUAUCAAAACAAUAAAAUGGCAACCACAAUGGUGUCUAAAUUAGUUCUGA